AUGACUUCAGCUUCACCCAAGAGAAAGCGUGGACAAGUACCUCCAUUGGACACGAAAGGGCCACUUCCUCGAUUAUUGCUCGAAGAAGAUAUAGACGAUCAUGAGAGUGCUAGCCCUCGGACAAAGGUCGCCAGGAGAUUUGAGGACCUCGACAUCAGUCAUGACCAAAUCUGCCUACAGCAUGACGUUGGCUCGCCGAAGCGGGUCACAAUAUCGCAGCAUCCAGAAUUAUCUUCUCUAUCCGCAGACAAGACAUCUAUAGAUGGAUCGACAAAGACGGAAGCAACAGGAAAGCCGCAACCAGAGACAAUCUCAACAGCUGAUGAAGACUCCCGCCGCACAGCAGGAGAGUCCAUGGCUACGCCUUCUCGAUCAAAAUCUCCGCCACUAGCGGGCGAGAUAUCGGACCAUUUCUGGCACGACGCUGAAAUUACUGGACACGACCCAGAGGAUCCAGAUGACGACCUCUAUGGCAUCAAUGGAAUCGGCUUUCGCCCCACACCAGCCAUUGCUUGGUCCAGAUCACAGCGGCGGAAACAGCAACUGACAGAGUACAAGAACCGGGAAGCUCGGGAGGCGAGGCAACAGAGAAGUGAGAGGAGAAAACGCUUCAUGAGGGACAAUGAGGAUGCACCGUCUCCGGAAUCCUCACCACGCAAAAGCGUACGUGUGCAUUUUGAGGACGGUUAG